AUGGCUACAACAACUACUCUUGAACUCUUUACUUUACCCGUAUACGAUAUACAUUUGAUUCAAAAAGAGCUGGAGAAAGAAAGAACUUAUUGUGUGCUGGGUGCUGCAACUACAGUCGGAUCCUGGAUUUUUGGUCCAUUAUUGAAUCCUCCUGACAAACAGGAAAACAAUUUAAGCCAUGUGAGUGCAUGUGGUUUAACAGCACGAGAAGUUGUCAAUCGUUUGAGUUCCGUUUCAAAUGAAGGACUACGAAAAAAAUUAGCUGCCGUAGUUUUACCAUAUAUUAUGAAUAAAUCAAACGAGAAUAUGCAAAAGCUCUUUGAUAACCUGGAUUUUGACUUUUAUAAAUUAGAUGACACAAAAGGUGAUAUCAAUGUGAAUGAACAAACGUAUCAAGAUUCAUCAGAACGACGUAAAAUCAACGUUUAUUAUGCAAAAUGUUUAAUACGCCGUAUAAAUGGCAAAUACGAUAUAAACCUUGCAUAUUAUGACUAUGUUGCAGAGAUUUCGUGGUAUAGUGUCGAUGCUCUGAGUCGAAAUCGUGACGCUAUUAAUCGAGAUCUUCAAAUUGCCAAAGCAUUAGCAUAUAAUAAAUUACAUCGUCAACUGGAACAAUCGUGGCCUGGUCAAGUCACUUUGCAACUAAAAACAGCGUUGCCUGAUACUAAUUGA